AUGAAAGCGAACACGGCUCAGUUCAUGUCGCUCUACGCCUGGUAUUCCUGGCCCAAUGUGGUUCUUUGCUUCUUUGGAGGUUUUCUGAUAGACAGAGUUUUUGGAAUAAGGUUGGGCACUAUAAUAUUUAGUAUCUUUGUUUGUGUUGGGCAGGUAGUCUUUGCUUUGGGAGCACUACUCAAUACUUUCUGGCUGAUGGACAUGGGCAGAUUCGUAUUUGGAAUAGGUGGAGAGUCCUUAGCGGUGGCACAAAACACGUAUGCGGUCAGUUGGUUUAAAGGCAAGGAGUUAAAUCUUGUGUUUGGAUUACAGCUGAGCAUGGCCAGAAUUGGGAGCACAGUGAACAUGAAUAUCAUGGCAUGGAUAUACUCUAGAGUUCAAGAUCUUCUGGGGUAUACUGGUCCCAGUACUCUUGGGUUAACUCUCAUGAUAGGUGGUGUGACGUGUCUUUUUUCACUGUCCUGUGCGUUAAUCCUUGCUUAUCUGGACAGGAGAGCAGAGAAGCUCCUUUGUAAAGAGCAAGGGAAAACAGGUGAAGUGAUUAAGCUAACCGACGUCAAGGACUUCUCUUUGUCUUUGUGGCUGAUAUUUAUAAUCUGUGUCUGUUACUAUGCAGCUGUUUUCCCCUUCAUUGGCCUUGGAAAGGUUUUCUUUAUUGAGAAGUUCAGAUUCUCUUCUCAAGAAGCGAGCGCAAUUAACAGUAUUGUGUAUAUCAUAUCAGCACCCAUGUCCCCAGUCUUUGGAUUCCUGGUGGAUAAAGUUGGAAAGAACAUCAUCUGGGUUUUAUGUGCCGUAAUAACUACACUUGCUUCCCAUAUUAUGUUGGCUUUUACCUUCUGGAACCCCUGGAUAGCCAUGUGUUUGCUGGGAGUGGCGUACUCCUUGCUUGCCUGUGCCCUGUGGCCCAUGGUGGCCUUUGUUGUUCCAGAACACCAGCUGGGAACUGCUUAUGGCUUCAUGCAGUCCAUCCAGAAUCUGGGUCUGGCCAUUAUCGCUAUAGCAGCUGGGAUGAUUCUGGACACGAGGGGCUACUUGUUUCUUGAAGUCUUCUUCAGUGCAUGUGUUUGCUUGUCACUAAUAGCUGUAGUCAUGCUGUAUUUUGUGAAUCACCUCACGGGUGGUGAUCUCAACUGGUCUGCAAAGAAAAGGGAAAAAAUGCAAAAAGUCGCUGCAACUGAGUAA